ACUGUCAUGGUCGUUUCCUGUAUACAACAACAAUGCCAAAUUGGUCUCCGAAGCCUGGGUUUUGAUAUCUACAACACUUAACAUGAAGGAAUUUGCAGCAGCGUUGUUUCCAUGUUUGAACUGCUAUGUUCGGCAGAUCUGAAAGAGCCACAAACGUAAACUUGCUACUUUCAUGAAUUGGAAUGUUAACAAUUCUUUUGGCUUUGAAACUAGGAGAGAAGACGGCCGCGAGCUGGUUGUCAAGGUAUGGUGUAAGACCUGCUUUAAGUAUUGGGAGAAAAUUACGCGAGAUUACCUUUGAGAGGGAAUGCAAACGUUAUGGCUCCAAGUUUGUCAGUGGUACCAACUUUGUGACGAAACACACUGUCACAUACCAUCUUGGAUCUUUGGUAAGACUAGCAAUAGCAAACCAUCUGAUUUGGACUGAAACAGAACAUCAUGGGAUUGUUCAAACGGCGCUCGACAACUACAUGAAGAGUCGAAGGAAGAUGAAAUUGGGUGUUGGACUGGAAACUCUUGAUUUCAAUGAUGACAGUCUGGAGCCUUCUUCCAAGACCUCACGUUUGGACCUCGAUCCCAAUCCAUCUGAUUCAGAGGCAGUAACAAUGGGUGACUCUGACGUAGAAACUUGUGACCCUCCUCUGACAUAAACACGGAUUAGAAUGGCUAUAUCUAAUUUAUGCAUAAGUCAUGGUAACCUAUUGCAUGUAGUAAUUUGCUAAAGUGUAGCACAAGUAGCAGUAGUUGUGUCUAUGUAAUCAGAAUCGUAAUCACCAAAGAUUUAGUAGAUCGUUUAAUUGUUGUCGUUGGAUGUGUGACUCGGAGUGACAUCACUCUCCUUAAACAAUCCAGGAGAGUGACAAAUCUCUCCUUUGAUUUUCAAA